ACAAGCGUCGCAUCAACACUGAUCAAAAUUUGCAACGUAGAUUGUUUAUGAACAAUAUUCGGCAUUUUUUGCAGUGACAGUACAAUAAAACAGAAUGCUUGCAUUCGCAAUAUUUGCUGUAACAUUUGUUGGUUUAUUAAUUGGUGUUGUCGCCUAUUUGUAUCCGAGUUCCAAGAAUCCGUCAACAGUACCUGGCUUGGAUCCUGUAUCUAAAGAAGAUGGUAACCUCGGAGACAUUGCGAAGACCGGAAGUCUGCAUGAGUUCUUGUUAGAUCUUCACAAGCAGUUUGGACCAAUAGCCUCAUUCUGGUGGGGACCACGUUAUGUUGUCAGCAUUGCUAAUGCAGACCUGUUUAAACAACAUCAUAAUGUAUUUGACAGGCCACCGGAAUUAUUUGAGAUGUAUCAGCCCCUGGUUGGAGCAAAGUGUAUCCAGUUUGCUAAUGGAGAGGAUGGAAGAGCUCGUCGUAAUUUAUAUGACAAAUGUUUAACACAUGAAGCAAUUCGAAAGUACUUCAUCAUAUUUCAAGAGAUUGCAGAUGAGUUGGCCAAGAAAUGGGAGACAAUGUUGAAUGAUGAACAUAUUGCCCUGACAGAGUACAUGUAUGCUUUUGCAUUGAAAGCAUUCUUUGCGUCACUGUUUGGAGAGAAAAUGAAAGAUGACAAAACAGUUCUAGAAUUCAGGAGCAUAUAUGAUGUGAUUUGGGCAGAGUUUGAGCACAAACUGACAGAGCCUCCCAGUGAAGCUAGAAAUAAGAUUAUUGUUGAUGGAACGAAGAAACUUGCAACUAUUGUCAACCGUAUGGUACAACACCGGAAGGAUGACCCUCCUCAACACGGGGAGGAAUUAUUAUUGGAUUUGUUGUUGGACUACUCGGAUGAUGAAGAAUUACAAAAUGCUGACGCUUUAGCUUAUGUCCUUGGAGGAUAUCAUACCACAGGAAAUUUGUUGUCCUGGGCAAUUUACUUCCUUGCUACUCAUCCUGAUUGUCAGGACAAGGUUGUUGAUGAGAUCAAGAAAGUUCUUGGAGAUGAUGAGGUUGAUCACGCAAGUAUUGGAGAUUUGGAGUAUUUGAGACAUGUUAUAGAUGAGACUCUGAGGUGUGCAGUGAUUGCCCCUAUGGCAGCAAGGUUCCAGGACGUUGACUCAGAACUGGGCGGACACAGAAUACCAAAAAAUACUCCUGUGAUACAUGCUCUUGGUGUGGCUGCUAAGGAUGAGACAGUAUUUGCCCAGCCAGAUAAAUUUGAUCCGGACAGAUUCACACAUGAACAUGCCAGGGAGCGGCCACAUCUGGCAUUUUCACCAUUUGGCUUUGCUGGAAAACGUGUUUGUCCGGGACAGAGAUACGCCUAUGCUGGAGCAACAGUAGCUUUGGUGACCUUACUGAGAAAGUUCAAGGUCAAGAUGGUUGAAGGUCAGAUAAUUGAACAAGUCCAUGGAUUUGUAACACAUCCCAGUGAGGAAAUUUGGAUAACCAUUUUAAAGAGAUAGAUAGGGAAAUAUGUCAGUGAGAAUAGACUGAAAAAUGUUUAAACGACUGCAAGUUUAUUUCAUUAUAUGUAUAGUUAUAUAUAAUAGAAUCAAGUCCAGCACAGCAAAUAUAGCAUUUUAAGGAGUUCAACCCGAUUCAGCUGUAUUGUAGAUUUGUUUGAAUUCGUAGCACUUAAUCUUUGUAUGUCACAAUGGAAACCUUUCUUUAUUUGAUUUCUCAACUGGCAUCAACUUAGAUGAACUUGUUUAAAGGUUUGAGAUUUAAAAAAAAAAAGAUUAUCUAAGGUUAAUUGCAUAAAAAGUGAGAUGUUGAUCAAUCAUUGGCGUAAAAUCUCCAUAAUGAAAGACAAAUUGUUAAAAACUUAUUGGGAAAAGUGCUUUUUCAUUUCUGUCUUUAAAUGAAGUUCUGUGAUGUAACAGUUAUUUUACUAGAAAAAUAAAUUAUGCUGGUUGUGGAUAGAAGAAUAUUUUGAAGAAAAAAUAGUGUAUGCACUGAUCACCUUUAAAUGCAUAAGUACAAUUUAUUGUUUUAGCAAAAUUUAUUGAAUUAUAAUCCUUUGCAAUAUUCUCUCUUCACCCCCCCCCGCCCCCCACACCCCAACCAGCCCACCAGCCCAUUAUGAAACCCCUGCUUUUCAAUGUUAUCCAAGAAGUAAAGACAGUGAUCUUCUCUUUGUAUCAAGUAUGUGUAAUAGUAACCAGAUGUGCUUGUUGCAUCAUAUUGGAUCUGUUUAGACUUAAAUAAUUGGCAAGGAGUAGAAAACUAAUAAUUGCCAUUUUCCUGCACAUUAUAUUUGGUCUGUUUAGACUUAGACAAUUGGCAAGAGGUAGAAAACUAAUAAUUGCCAUUUUCCUGCUCAUUAUAUUUUGUCUGCUUAGACUUAAUUGACAAGAGGUAGAAAACUAAUUAUUGCCAUUUUCCAGCACAUUAUAUUAGGUCUGUUUAGACCUAGAUAAUUGGCAAGAGGUAGAAAACUAACGAUUGCCAUUUUCCUGCACAUUAUAUUUCGUCUGUUUAGACUUAAUUAAUUGACAAGAGCUAGAAAACUAAUGAUCGCCAUUUUCCAUGUUUUCCUGCACAUUAUAUUUGGUAUGUUUAUUUUAAUUAAUUGACAAGAGAAUUUGUUUAGACUUAAUUAAUUGACAAGUGGUUGAAAACUGAAUUGUCAUUUUCACAUGCUGGCUAUCAAGUCCAUCUUGGACCAAAAGCAACAGUCCUAUGUGUCCUUAGUAAUGUCCCUAUGUCAAAUUGAACUGAUCUAUGAACAGUCAGCAGGAAUAUUAGGGAGGUUGGUAGUGGACUAAAGUAUAUACACCCAGUAUCACAUCCAAAAUACACUUUACAAAGAAUGCAAGCAAUCGUUUUUGACUGCAUUAGAUAAAUGACUAUUGAAUGUAUUAAUUCUCACAAAUAUACAGUCAAACCUGUCUAUAAAGACCGCCCUUGGGAGAGCCAAAACGUGGUCUUUAUUGGAAGAUGGUCUUUAUCCACAGGUUAAAAAACACUGUAAAUGUUAAAACGGGUAACAAAACAUGUGGUCUUUAGAGCCAGGUGGUCUCUGUUCAGAGGUGGUCUUUAACACAGGUUUGACUGUAUGUGGAUUGAAUAAGUCUGACAUCUGUCAAUUAACAGCCUUAUUUACAUUACUCUAAACAGACCCAAUGAUGCCAAAUAUUAUGUCAACCUGACAUCAAUAUUGCCAUGUUUUAAUGAAAAUAUGCAUAGAUUGUUCAAAGUAUAAUGUUAAAUAAUGUCAUCAGUCUCGUCUGAGAGAUAAUUGCUUUCAACAGUUGCACUGCCACCCUGAAAGUCUAACAAUCUCAGCCAAAGCCUGGCCAAAGCUGGCACUUUCAGCAUAAAUUUUGACAAUACUGCUGCUCUACAUCACCAUAUUAAAGCAUAUUUAUUCUGCUAAAUAAAUGACAAAAUGACAAAAUGUGCAAGUUUAGUUUAACAUAUUAAUUGAGAAAGUGUCCAAGAAAUAGAUUGUAAUGUAACAGAAAUAUCUAUUGUUAAUUAAACACACUGUAUUUUCAUUUAGACAUUUUUUUAUUCUGUAAAUGUAUGAUGUAAGUGUAAUACAGGUAUUUUCAUGUGUGUUGUAAAUGACAGGGACUUAUGUGGUCUCAGAUAUACAUUUUCACUAUUGUUGUUCAAUUUCUUAAAUCAAGCAUAUUUGCUUCAGUUGAUUUUUUAUUUACCAGAACCAAUUUCCUGUAAUCUAGAUCAGAAGAAUUAAAUUUUUUAAAUGGGACAUUGUCCACGUAUGUUUCUUAACAGGUAGAAAUGAACUCCUUGAAUUUCUGAUUGAUGAUAAGCCAUUCUAGUCAAAAUUUAAUUUUUUUUUGGAUAUACAUGUCUUUUCUCUGAAACUUACGUACUAGGUAUUUAAUCAGGGAUCAAAAUUAUGUUCCUGUGAUAUUUUUAAAUUAAUGAUGCCACCUAUAUCUCAUUUCUUUAACCCUUACCCUGCUAAAUUUCUAUAAUGAACUUGUCCAUUUUUCAAUCUGGACAGUACCAUUGACUGUUAAAAGGGAUGCUUAUCAAAUAGAUACUGACUAAGCAGCGAACAGUGCCGAUCUUGAUCAGACUGCACAGAUGUGCAGGCUGAUCAAGAUCUACACUGGUCGCAAAGGCAGAAUCACUUGCUGCCAGCAGGCUAAAGGUUAAAGAUAUUUUUUCUUUUUUUGGAGCGGGUUUGGGUUGUAUGGUGAGUUGAUAAGGAUAGUACUAUGUUAACAAAGUAGACUAGUGGUUUAGGUAGCUGACUUUGAACCAUUUGCCCCGAACAGCUUUGUGUUUGAAACCUUGGCUGUGGUGUGGAUCGGAGCCUACCGUCUGGGAUACAGAAUGUUGUUGUACUACCCAUGCAGGUGCUUGCCCGUGCCUAAAGUGUCACAGGCUAGCUUACAGUUUCUUUGUCUGAGUUGGGAAUUGAAUGCAGGUUGCCUUGGCAAUAAAAACUUUUCUACCAUCUCGACCUGUACACUAUAAACAACAGUUUUGUAUAACUUUUUAUAAUUAAGGCAGUUUGCCUUCGUUACCCUGUAACAAAUACAUUUCAAUUAUGAAUGGAAAAAUUAAAAAAAAAAACAACUAAUUCUCAUGUCAUUCCAUAACAUGUUAUUUGUAAGUAACUAAGUUUCAAAGUCUUCAUAAGAAAUGUCGCAUCUUAAAUUUUUUAUUUUUCUUAGUUGUACGAUCUGAAGUUUAGUCCCUGCAAAUGCUUACAAACUUUUUCAGGCUAUUAUUUCUCAUAGGGAGGCUCUGUUGGAGUCACACUUGUCCAUUACUCCAUUUGUCCAGAGACUUAUCUCCUUAACUAUUUACAGAAUUUUCAAAUAAUUAAAUGUUCUUUAUCAUAGUAUGACGAGACACACUCAUGAUCCAGGUCACUAAGUCAGUGUCACAUUUGUAGGUCAUAUGUCAAAUAGCUUUAUUUUAGGUCUGUUCCAUAUCUUCUAAACUGCUGGAGAAAGAUUUUCGUAAAACUUCGCAUUAUUUUCUUUUUACCUCAUCAAGACGACAUGUAGAUUGUAAGAUACAGAUCACAAGGUCCAUCCUGUUUCCCAGUACAAAAGAAGUUUUUUGGGGUGUUAAUCACCUUCAGUGAUAGCUCCAGCUAUAACUUAUAUUGUGAACAAUGUUUAUUGCACAUCUUGCAAUGGCUUUAUUUAAUUUUGUUAAGGCUGGAAGCAUUUUAUGUUAGUGUUUAUGUAUUAUGUUGCAUAUGUACAUGUAUGAAAUGGAGAAUCAUACUGCUUGAUGUUAGUUUAUUGCUUUUCAUAUAAUUUGGUAAUUGGGGCAACUUAGAUUGAAUAAUCAUGGUUGUAAAUGAGUAUGUGUUCACGGAGUAUGUGUUCGUGCUUUUUUGGUGCAAGAAGAAUAACUGUAAAUUACUAGUCCUUGUUAAUGUAAUGAUCAAAAUAAAGAGCUUACAA